UCAGAUCCCGCUCCGCUCCGUUAACCGCUCCGCCGCUGCUGCUUUAAAUGCCCAGUAAAGUUGUAGUGGUCGGGACUUGGAGACAAUGCGGUAACAGAAUAGUUAGAGAUGGACAUGAAAACCUCAACGGAAGAUGACUGCGUGGAUUCCGGAGCCGAGACUGGAGGGUCUGAUUACAGUCCCCUGUCCUCAACGAGCAGUGAGUACCCCAUGGGGGAGCUGCAGGACCCGUACCUGGUCAGCGUCCACCUCAUCGCUGACCCUGGCCAGGGCAAGCUGCUGCAGCGCGCUGCAGACGCCGUCCUGUCCUGCCUGCACCCGGAGCUGCAGCUCUUCAGGGUGUCCGAACGGGCCCCGGUCUCCCAGCGGCCGCGGCCCCGGCGCCACGGGCCCGCCAGCCCGUCCCCGGCCGCCCAGCCGGCCAUGGCCAUCAUCCUCUUCCUGCAGGAGGCCUACGGCGGCGAGGAGCAGAUCCUGAUGCUGCACCACACCCUGCAGAAGCCUCCCUGGCGCUACCACCACACCGAGAAGGUCAGCAACGGCCACCGCAUGCUGCCGCUGAUGCCGUGCAACCAGGACUUCUUCACCCUGUCCCCCGGCACGCCGCUCUGGGCCGUGCGGCAGGUGCACUACGGCAAGGAAAUCGUGCGGUUUACAAUCUAUUGCCACCAUGAAAAUUACGGCGACAUGGUCCGGCUGUACAAGCUGCUGCUGCAGCGGAGAGUGGCGCAGAAGAAGGAGGACUUCUGCUUCUUUGUUGUGUACUGCAACCCCGACAUGGAGAUCCAGCUGUCGUUUAAGCGGCUCCCGCGGGGCCAGAGUCCGGCCGUGCUGGAGUCGGCCGUGAUGGAGGUGAGGGUGCGGGACGUCGGGGCGCUGGUGCCCCUGCUGCCUCAUCCCUGCAGCCCCAUCAGCGACGUCCGCUGGCAGACGGAGGACUACGACGGGAAUAAGAUCCUGCUGCAGAUCCAAGGUGUAAACCUCCACCACAGGGUGGAGCUGUCCCACUUCUCCCCCACCACCCAUGAGUCUGCCUCGGCUCCGUGCACCUACAACCGCAGCGUCAACUCCCACAAGAGCCGGCGGCACCACCAGAGGGGGAACUGCCACUUCAGAACUCUGCAGCCCUUUCACCACGCCCUCCCCCUGGCCUGUGAGGAGCAGGACGAGCAGGACCCGUGGCCCGAGCGACACCACUCCGACAGCCGGAGGUCCCCGUGGAGGGGCCAGCGGUCCGACUCCCUCUUCUCCCUGCCUAACCUGGGCUCGGCCAGCUCCCACUCCACCUGCUCCUCCCCCGGCCCGUCCUCCGGCCCCCACGGCAGGAGUCACGCCCUGAAGGGGAGCCCCUCCCUCGUCCCGCCGUUCCGGCUCAAUGUGGACGCUCUGAUCGGAGCGGAGGAGACGGACGUGGACACGGGGAGCACGGUGAAUCCUGACAGCAAUCAGGACCUUUCAGUGGUGUCUGCGUACAUGAAGUCCAGCCUGGCACAGACUCCUCGACCGCUGUCAGCCCCGCCAGAAGACAUCAGAGCCAAUCUUUCUCCUGUCGUUCAGGAAAACACCUACAGGUCGGCCACCUUAGGCCGAACACCAGCCAGCUUCUCCAUCAGGAGUACAAGUGCUGCACCGUCCUCCAGUGACAUUUCAAUAAACCAGUCAGACAGCUGCAGCAUUAUUAGUGUAGCAGCGGAUGAGACGGACCACGUAGAAGAAGACCAGGAGUUCUACAUCUGAACCCUCCAUGUUAGUCCAUGGGCCAGAGCCCAAAAUGUCACUUGUCAGCACCACUCAAUGUGACCAAACUUACUUAUAAUUUUUGAAAAGAUCCAUGUCUGUAGAUGAUAUUCUGGUAUGAUAAUCUUCCUGAGUUGCAGCUGGAUCAUAGUUAUCAACUCAUGAAGUUCAGAAAAUUACAGUUUAGAUUCUGCUGCAUAUCCUGGUUUAGACUCGUGUACAGGAUAUCUGUCAAUAUUUCACAAUAUUGUCUUUGGUAUCAUUUUAAAUUGGACCUUUUGAGCAUUCAUUCAAGCUAAGAUGUGAAUCUUUCUGACCAACAUAGAGGUCACUGCAGCUCUUUAAACUAGAAACAACACACAUUUUUACACCAUUUUCGCCUAAAUGAUAUACUAUCUUUAAGCCCUGUGUCAUCUAGGAACAACAGAGACACAAAAUACAAAAACUGGAAUACUCACAGGACCAUAAGGAUUCAGGAAAUGUAUAAUAUGCCCCUACUAUAUUGUUGUUACAAGUCAUUGUGAUCCUUAAACUAGAAGAGCAUCAUUAAGCUCCUAUGAAACUAUAACAGCCACUAAUGUCACAAACUGGUCUUUAUCAUGAAAAUACACGACAUAAAGGACAUAACGAUGAGAUAAAGAACCAGCUUAGUUUUAUAAACAAUAUUAGAGACACAAAAUUCAAAAGAUACAAAAAAAAAAAUACAAAAACUGGAAUACUCACAGGACCAUAAGGAUUCAGGAAAUGUAUAAUAUAGCCAAUUUAGAAUCAUCAAUUAACCUGAAGGGGGUGGGUAACUUCAUGAGCUGAUAACUAUGAUCCAGCUGCCACUCAGGAAAGUUAUCAUACCAGAAUAUCAUCUACAGACAUGGAUCUUUUCAAAAAUCAUAAGUAAGUUUGUUCACCUAGUGGUGCUGAUAUCUGGUCUGGAACAUGGACCAUGUUGGCUCAGAGAACAGGACGAGACUGUAAACGCAGCUCUAUUCUGCCCCCCGGUGGCGUAAUGUCACAUUGCAGGAAAAAUGACAAAUUGAAGCACAGUAUGAAUGUUUUCUUUCAUGUAGAUAGCUUUGUAAAUAUUACACUAAACAUUAACCUUUUAUAGACCAAUAAUACACUGUGCAAAGAGUUUUUUUCUCUUUCACAUGUUACAUGUUAAACAAUUAAGGGAAUUCUGCAUGAUGGAUAAUCAGUUUUGUAUACUUAUAGGUGGCUGAUUUAAACAGCAGUUUGGGUCUGAGCAUCACUGUGACGUAUUCAGCUUUAUCUUAUAAAUGUACUACAUGUAAAAAGAGCGUGAGUCAUGGGAGUCAGUGACGACGGUCAGUUUAAGACUUCAGACUCAAUUCCUUUGGAUUUGUUUAUGACGAGACAAUCAAACUGUACACAAGUCAGGACUUCUUAAUCUGACCUACAGUUUUUGUUUUUCAGUUAUUAGAAAUAUUUUCUUUGGCAGCCAUUCAAAUGUACUGGCCUUUUGUCCUAUCUACUCAUCUAGUGCCUCCUUGUCUGACCUCAGCCUCUCUGUCCAUGAUUGAAACAACAGUAAGAGGUGAAAAAGCUUUCUGUAAGGAUGCACAGAUACUGUGUAUUUGUCCUGCUUGAAGACUAUUUGGCACGUCUGCUGUUUAAAAGGGCCGUGGCACAUCAUGAGACACAUCGGGGAAUUUAAGCUAAAGUUUUUUUCCUCUCGUAAACCCUGUACAGAAACAAGUGUAUUUAUACCGAUGAUAUGUAGCGUUCAUGGUUCCUGAUGACAAAAGUGAC